AUGUCUCCUACCAGGGUCCAACCCUUGAGAUCGAGGGAGUUCUUUGGGGAAAUCACGUAUAAUCAAUGCCUAAGGAAUUCGUCGUCAAUGACAGCUGGAAAACGACAAUGGUGGGUUUUAUUUUGCGUGUUAUUCAGCCCCACUCUUGCUCUUUAUCCACUCAGCCGUAGGAGAGGUUUUAAAUGGGAUGAAGCCAACCUUGGUGAAAUUGAAGCAAAUAAACAUGUAAGACAGAAAAUCACAGAACCCAAAACUCCAUAUCAUCCUAUGAUGAAUGAUACUGAUGGAUCUUUAUCUCCUAUUGGGGGCUCUGAUAGUUUCCUUGAAGGAGAUGAUAACAGCAACAUCAGACUGAAUGCUGAUGCAAUUCGUUUAGCACUGAAUGAGAUGGCAUCUUCUAGUAGCAACAGUAACUCCCAUUCUGGAUGGACAUCUUCAGAUGAUCAAGAUGAAGCAGAUGUCAUGGAUCAUGAUCUAGAUGAUGAAGGUGGGAAGAGUGCAAGAAGCUUUAGGGAGAAAAGAAAGGCGCACUAUGAUGAAUAUCGCAAAGUGAAAGAGUUACAGAAGAAGGAAUCAAUGAAAAAGGAUGAUGAAAAGCAAUCCAUUGUUGAUGGUGUGGGAGAUAUAAAUAUCAAAUGCAAUUCACAUAUGAAAUUCGAGAGGGUAGGAGAAAACGGGUUCUCUCGGUUGCAGGGAGUUUGGAUGUUGCGGGAGAUUGUGAUCUCGAUUGUGAUGAAGAUACUAACAGCUCUGUGUUUCCCUUACGUGUUGUCAUGA